GACAUGUUAAUCGGAGAUCAAAUAGAAAUAUUAAUUGAAAUAAAGUAAUCUUGAUACAUCAUGGCUGAUUCAUCUUACGAAAAAGGACUUACGGAACUUUCAAAAAUGAAGGUUGCAGAUUUAAAAAUUGAACUGAAACAAAGAGGACUUCCUACCACUGGAAAUAAAAAUGAAUUGGUUGAAAGGCUUCAAUUAGCAAUACAUGAUUCUGCGUUAUCGUUGGAUGAAACAGCAGAAGAAAUUUUAGAUGAAGAUGCUGUUCUUGGGGAUGAAGAAAUAGAAGAAUUAUCAAAUAAACCUGAUUCACAAGAAGUUGAUAAGAAGAUAAAGUUAUCUGCAGAAAGUAAUGUGAAUGCGAAGAAAAUAGUUCUAAAUCGCAAACCAGUAAUUGAAGAAGUUAAAAAUGAACAAACAGAAAAACCUGAAAAUGAUACUAAGAUUACGGAGAUUGCACCACCUGAAAAGAAAAUGAUUAAAUUUUCUGAACUUGGUAUUAAAGAGAGACUAGAAAUGAGGGCUAAGAAAUUUGGUUUGCCAUUAUCGGAAGCUGCUAAAAAGGAAGUUAGAUCUGCAAGAUUCAGUAUUAAUAAUCAAAAUAACAAAUCAGCUGCAUCCGUGAAAACACCUGUGCAUACAACUUAUGAAGUUUUAAAAAAGCGAGCAGAAAGAUUUGGUACUUCUGUUUCUACUUUAAUGGAAAAGGCCGAGUUAGAAGCUAGAAUAGAGAAGAGAAAAGCAAGAUUUGGUGAAGUCAAGCCUGCAAACGAGAAAGUAUUUCACAAUAAAGUUAAGAUCGUUAAAUGAUAUUCAGUGUUAUAUACCAAAACAGCAACAUAGAUUGCAAACUUUUUGUUUUCUAUUUUAUUAUGCAACAGAAAAGCAUUUUAGUGCUAUGUCAUACUCUUAAUUUGCAAUUAUCAUGUUAAUUUGUUUUAGGCGGAGUUAGAAGCUAGAAUAGAGAAAAGAAAAGCAAGAUUUGGUAAAAUCAAGCCUGCAAACGAGAAAGUAUUUCACAGUAAAAUUAAUAUCGAUUAAACAAUAUUCGGUAUUAUAUACCAAAACAGAAACAUAGAUUGCAAACUUUUUGUUUCAUUUUUCAUUACGCAACGGAAAAGCAUUUUAGUGCUACGUCAUACUCUUGAUUUGCAAAUUAUUUGCAAGAUUUGGUCACGUUAAACCUGCAAACGAGAAAAUAUUUCACGUUAAAGCUAAAAUCGUUAAAUGAUAUUCAGUUUUAUAUACCAAAACAGCAACACAGAUUGCAAACUUUACUUUAAGUUUUCUUAUUUCUAAUACAGUUAUUUGUAUACAACAAAAAGUCAUCGUAUUUGCUAUAAAAUAUUUUGCACAACGAAUUAAAAACAAAUCUUUUCAGGGUAACGUUACUUUAAAUACUUCUUCGAAGUAUGCUCAAUAUAUUUUUGUUUUCAAUGUUUUUGAAAACUACAAAACACUUAAUGUUUAUAACUUAGUUUACCUGGAAAUUUUAUAAAAUGAACAUAUAAAAUAAAUAUGUAUAUGUAUAUUAAAAAGAAUAUUAUAUACAACGCGAAAGUUACAUAUAUUUUGUAAUGUUACUUUUCCGCUUUAUAACAAAAAACACAUCGAUCUUGCAUUUAUGUUAAUUGCAUCGGAUUAAAAUGAUUUUGUUCAGUUCAAAGUAACGUGAUUAAAAUGUGCAUUCUUGUAACGUUCAAAUUUUCUAUCGUAAUUAAAUGAAAACAUUAAGAUUAUCGUAACACCGAUGCCCGUCGCAAAGAAAAAGAAAAAGCAUCCUAUGAUAUUAUUUCAAUAUAUUGAAUUUUAUUACAAAAUGUGUUUAGGCUACAACAUGUAAUAUAAUAAUUGCGUUUGGUCUAGACCCUUACGAAAAAAGAAAAGCUAAACUGCACCACAUUUACUGUUGUCUCGGCAAGACACUUCGUCCGUUUACGUUUCAAGGAAACAUUCAUAAAUGCGAAAAAGUUCGGUACACAUGCGAAAAUGAACGCACCUCGUUAUACGGAUCAUGUUUGAUACGUUUAUCCAGUAUUGAGAUCGAAUCAGUGUAUUAUCACAAAUAUAUUUCAUACGAACUAUCACGAAUUUUUUUAAAUGCGGACGUGUCAUGCAUGAAAGCAAUACAAAUAUAUAUAUGUAUAUGUAUGUAUAUAUAUAUAUACACAUACAUAUGAAUAUAUUAUAUGUAUGAAUAUAUUAUAUGUACACAUUUUUUUUUUAAAAAUCAAUUUCACAUAUUUUUUUUUAUGUUCAAAGGACUCAAAAGUGGGUUUAAAAAUCAAGUCUUCGGACAUAUCAAAAAAUUGUUACGUAUCUUAUAUAAAUAUCGAUCAUUAUCAUUUUAUCAAAGAUUAAAUUCCCAUAUCAGAGAAUGUUAGACAACUGUUUUUCUAGCAACACAUAUAAUUCUAAUGAUUAUCCAAGCAUUCGAAAACAACGUAUAGAUUAUAAAUUCGCAUUUUCCUUGAAGCGCAUCCUAAGAACGAAUGGUCCGAAGACACACGUUAAGUUUAAAGAAGAUAAGGGAUUGUACAUUAAACAAUAUACAAUCAAAAUAUAUUGUAUAGAUGUAAAAAUAGUAAAAUUAGCGAUAGUAAUCGUUUCUAUUACGUUAUACGGUGUGUAAAGUGUGUGUAUAAUCGAUCAAUUCGGUCUUUAAACAUUCGACGAAGUAAAGGAAACUAUCCCAAGCAGCUAAUCCUAAGAUAAUGUAUUUCCUCUUUUUUAUUUAUAUAAAUUCUAUUUAUAUUAUGUAUGUACGUACGUGUGAUAACUAAACAGAUACAUGAUUUUUUAUUUCUGACGCAAAGACGCUACCAGCUUUGCGAAUCGAAGACCAGGAGGCUGUCGUACUUUAAACAGAAAACAGGAAUACAGAUUUCUUUACCAUUAAAUUAUUCUUCACGCAGUUGAACAUAGUCGUAUCUGUUCAGUGGAUCACUCAAACGAGUUAAUUUAAUCCGAGCCCAUUUCUCGAUCGAAGAACCUUCGGGUUCUCUAAGAAGUGGAUUCAAUAAAAUAAAUUUGUCAAAGUUGCGCUACAGGCACAAACAAUUCAGACCUUGGGUCAUGUCCAUAAUGGCUUACGAUACGAAACUUUCAUAUAAUAUCUUUAAUUAAAUCUUUCUAUCUUAUAUAUACAUGCUAAUAAUCUCUCUCUUUCCUAUUUCUUUUCCCGCGUGCGUAUACAGGACGCGGCACUUGGCUCUUUCCCGGCUUAGGACGAGACAUCUAGCUUCGCAAUGUCAUCCUAAAAAUUUUAGUCAUAAUUCAAAUAUUUAUAUUGACUGUCCUAAAUACAUCUGUUUCAGAAUU